AUGGUCUUCCAGCUGCCGGUCCUCACGGGCCACGCCAUUACAGGCAAGACGCUCACGGCGUUUGUGGCAAUGAUUGCCUCGACUGGUUUCCUGCUCUUCGGCUACGACCAGGGUGUCAUGAGUGGGCUCAUCAACACGCGUCAAUUCGAAACGUACUUCCCGCAAAUGACUGAGAUCACCGACCCAAAGACGGGCAGAUCGCUCAACGACCGCUUCGACUCGAGCGUCCAGGGCGCCGUCGUCGCCAUCUACGAGAUCGGCGCCCUCUUCGGCUCCCUCUUCGUACUCUGGAAGGGCGACGCCAUUGGCCGCCGCUCGUCCAUCGCUCUCGGCUCCCUCAUCAUGACCGUCGGCGCCGUCAUCAUGACGGCCUCGUACGGCAUCGCCCAGUUCACCGUCGGCCGUAUCAUCACGGGCAUCGGCAACGGUAUGAACACGUCGACGAUCCCCAUGUGGCAGUCUGAGCUUUCCAAGGCGCACAACCGUGGUCUUCUCGUCCUCAUCGAGGGAGCCCUCAUCGCUGGAGGCAUCAUGAUCAGCUACUGGAUCGACUUUGGCUUCCACUUCAUCGACUCGUCGAUCAGCUGGCGUUUCCCCCUGGCCUUCCAGUGCAUCUUUGCCCUCAUCCUCUUCUUUGGCAUCCUCUGCCUGCCCGAGUCGCCUCGCUGGCUCGUCAAGAAGGGCGAGUCGGCACAGGCUGCUCAGAUCCUUGCCCAGCAGGAUGCGACCACCGUCGACGACCCCGUGGUUCAAUCGACGCUGCGCCAGCUCGAGGAGUCCAUCUUUGCGAGCGAGAAGCUCAUGGGCGACUUUUCCUACCGCGAGCUCUUCACCAAUGGCCCCGAGCAGAACUUCUACCGCGCCUCGAUCGCUUUCAUCGCUCAGGCAUUCCAGCAGCUCUCAGGCAUCAACCUCAUCACCUACUACGCCACGUCCGUCUUCCUCUCCAUCCAGCCGGACGACACGACGGCCCGCCUCCUCACCUGCGGUAACGGUACCGAGUAUUUUGCCGCCUCCAUCGUGGCCCUCUUCCUCAUCGACACGCUGGGUCGUCGCAAGCUCAUGAUGGGCACCGCCUUCUUGAUGUCGGCGAGCAUGGCCAUCCUCACGGGCACCGUCUUUGACGUGCAGCGUCGCGGCAUUGGCAACGGUGGCGGCUCUGCCAUCGUCGCCGCCAUCUUCCUCUACUUCUUCAACACCUGCUUCGCGCUGGGUUGGCUGGGCAUGACCUGGCUCUACCCUCCUGAGAUCACGCCUAUCCGUAUCCGCGCCCCGGCCUCGGCUAUCGCCACGAGCAGCAACUGGCUCUUCAACUUCCUCAUCGUCAUGAUCACCCCUCCGGCCUUUGCGACCAUCAAGUACCAGACGUACAUCAUCUUCGCCGUCCUCAACCUCUCCUUCAUCCCCGUGAUCUAUUCGUUGUUCCCCGAAACGAAGCGUCGCGGACUAGAAGAGAUGGACGUAAUCUUCGCCGAGGCUCACGAGACGUCCUUCUGGGUCCCCUCGCGCUUCAUGACGCGCGCCUGCUACCUCUCGAUCACCAAGCCGCACAUGACGAGCGAGGAGCUCGACGCAGAGCUCACCAAGCGCUUUGGAUCGGGAGCGGCUACUGCUGGAGCUUCGGGAGCUGGCGCUGCGGGCGAGAAGUACGCGCCUGGUGUAGAGGCUAAGGAGCACCAGCACGAUGACGACGAGGCGGCUGUUGAGAAGCAGGCGGCUAAUGCUGGUACGGGCAACAAUGGGACUCGCGAGCCCAACACCGAGGCUUCCUCCAGCCACAGUGGUUCGUCGCACUAA